AAACGUCACGGAUUCAAACGGCAGCCGAGGCAGAGGCAGGGAAAGCAGCCGAGCGGUUCACACGCGUUUACACGGGCUGAGGUUGAGAGGGAGCUUGAACAUCAGACACAUCGACAUCUGCGGGGGUCACUCGGCGGGGUUUCUAUUGCAUGAGCGCAACCCGCGGACUUAAAGAUGUGGAAAGAAGUCGGCAAGCUCCUACUGUUUCAUUUGCUGAUUAUGGAGCUCCAUCGCGCGAAAGGGAUUCACACAGAAUCGCAGUGUGAAACUGGGCAGUUUAAGUGCAGCAAUGGAAGGUGCAUCCCAACCCUUUGGAGAUGUGAUGAUGACGAUGACUGCUCGGACAACAGCGACGAGGAGAACUGUCCAAAGAAGACAUGUGCAACCACAGAUUUUGCCUGCAAGAAUGGACAGUGUGUUCCUGCUAGGUGGCGCUGCGACGGGGAGCAGGAGUGUGCAGAUGGUUCGGAUGAGGCUGACGCAAUCUGCAGCCGGCAAACCUGUCCACCAGAGAAGUUUGACUGUGGUGGGAUGGCCACCAAAUGCGUCUCGUUGUCAUGGCGAUGUGAUGGCGAAAGAGACUGUGAGAAUGGGGCAGAUGAAGAACACUGUGCUGCUGAUGCCAACGCCUGCCCGUCCAAGGAUUUUCAAUGCGGUAACGGGAAGUGUAUAGCACCCAUCUUCAUCUGUGACGGCGACGAUGACUGUGGCGAUGCCAGUGAUGAAGAGAAGUGCUCAACUCCCACCUGCGGCCAGCACGAGUUCCACUGCAAUGACUCUGAGUGUAUUCCAGCACUGUGGAGUUGUGAUGGGGAUCCUGACUGUAAAGAUAAGUCAGAUGAAUCUAUGGAGCGCUGUAGUCGGAGGACUGAGCCCCAGAAACCACGAUGCAUGGUGAGCGAGUUCCAGUGCGGGAGUGGAGAGUGUGUCCGCAUAAACUGGAAAUGUGAUGGAGAUGCCGACUGCAAGGACAAAUCCGAUGAGGCAAACUGUCCUCUGCUUACAUGUCGGCCUGAUGAGUUCCAGUGUGGCGAUGGCUCCUGCAUCCAUGGCACCAAACAGUGUAAUAAAGUCCAUGACUGCCCAGACUACAGUGAUGAAGCUGGUUGUGUCAAUGUUACGAAGUGUGACGGGACUAGACACUUCCGCUGUAAGAAUGGAGAAUGUAUUGACAGCAGCAAGGUGUGUGACAAUGUAAAAGACUGCAAGGACUGGUCUGAUGAACCUGUGAAAGAAUGUGGCCUGAAUGAGUGUUCAGACAACAAUGGUGGCUGCUCCCACAUCUGCAGGGACCAAAGGAUUGGCUUUACGUGUGACUGCCCCUCUGGAUACAAACUUCUGGACAAAAAGACUUGUGGCGACAUAGAUGAAUGUGAGAACCCAGAUGCUUGCAGUCAGAUCUGCAUAAACUACAAAGGGGAUUAUAAGUGUGAAUGCUAUGAAGGUUACGAGAUGGAUCCUGCCUCCAAGACCUGCAAAGCUGUGGGAAAGAGUCCGUAUUUGAUGUUCACCAACCGACAUGAGAUCCGUCGCAUUGAUCUGCUGAAAAGUGAAUACACACAAGUAGUUCCUACACUGAAGAAUGCGGUGGCACUGGAUGUUGAUGUGGCCACCAAUAAGAUGUUCUGGAGUGAUCUAUAUCAUCAUAAAAUAUACAGUGCUUACAUCAACAAAGCCAACGACUCUUCGCAGCAGCUCACGCUCAUCGAGGCGCUCCAGUCCCCCGAGGGCCUGGCUGUUGACUGGGUUCACAAGAACAUCUACUGGACCGACUCUGGCAGCAAGAGCAUCUCUGUGGCCACGGGGGAUGGCCGCAAGAGAAAAAUGCUCAUAGAAACAGAGCUGAGCGAGCCACGGGCCAUCGCAGUUGACCCACACCAAGGGUUUAUGUACUGGUCAGACUGGGGAGAUCAGGCCAAGAUUGAGAAGGCUGGGAUGAAUGGAGUGGAUCGGCAGGUUCUGGUAUCAGAGCACAUUGAAUGGCCCAACGGAAUAACUUUAGACUUGUCCAAUAGGCGUCUCUACUGGGUGGAUUCCAAGCUACACCUGCUGUCCAGUGUGGAUUUGAAUGGAGACAACCGCAGAGUCUUGCUGUCUUCCCAUCACCACCUGGGACACCCCUUUGCCCUCACUGUUUUUCAGGAUCGCGUAUACUGGACCGACUUGGAGAACGAAGCAAUAUAUAGCGCCAACCGCCUGACGGGGAACAAUGUGUCGAAGGUAGCAGAGCACCUCAACAAUCCCCUGGAUCUGGUGGUGUUCCAUGAGCAGAGGCAGCCAAAAGCCCCUGACGCCUGUAACAUGGGGAGUCUUCCAAAUGGUGGCUGUGAGUACCUUUGUUUAAAGGCACCCCAAAUUACAGACCACUCCCCCAAAUAUACGUGUGCCUGUCCGGAUGGAAUGGAGCUGGGACCAGACAUGAGGCGAUGUGUCACAGUCCGAGCAAGAUCAAAAACAACAACAGCAGUUCCUACCAGCACCACCACCACUACUACUACUACUACUACAACCACUACAUCUACCACAACCACCAUGGCGAGCACAACAACAAAAGCCACACUUGUUCCCACCACAACGGUAGCAGCCACAGCCACCACUACUGCUGCCUCUACCACACUCACAACAACAACCAGGCGCCUGGCAACAGCCGAACCCCACCAGAAACCCAGGGGGACCUCCACUGAGCACCCUCGAACACCUGCUGCCACAAGUACACAGACCAGUUUCAGCAGCACCAGUCAGACAUCAACAUCCACGCACACGCCCCUACUGGGCUCAGUGGCCCCAAGCAGCAUUCACAAAGAGAGCAACACCAACCUGUCACACAGAGCUGCGGGUGAUCACUACCUUAUAGGCAACAACAUCACAGUUGCUGUCUUGGGGAUAGUCAUUCCUAUCGUCCCUAUCCUUGCCACAGUGGUCAUCGGGCUACUUUGCAUCGGCGCCUACCUGGUGUGGCGCAACUGGCGGCGCAAGAACACCAAGAGCAUGAACUUCGACAACCCUGUUUACCGCAAGACCACGGAGGACGACGACGAUGAAAUCCAUAUCGGUCGUCACAGCGAGUCCAUUGGACACGUCUACCCAGCAGUGAGUGGCAGCCAUAGUCAGCCAUUCAUAGCGCUUCCUCUAGGGAGCGGCGUCAGCGACAGCAACUCUCACUGGUACUCGGGGGCGCCAAUGCUCUCCAGUGGCAAAUGAGAAAAGAACCUUCUGAGGAGGCGUGGGAGUCAGAAAAGCCUACUUGUUGGUGAAAGAGAAGCAGGCCUGCACAUACCAACAUACUCACACAUCAUGUUUUUGCAGUAACCACUGAAAACGCCAAACACUUGAAGCCCUACACCAUGUUACCAUUCCUCUUUUGAUCAUGCUCAUAUAGUAUAAACAUUUGAUCAAUGAUUCAUCCUUUGACAUCAUAUUGAAUCCCAAUUUUUGUACUUUGUCAUUUUUCUAGUUGUUUAAGUGUUUCGUCAGAAAGACAUGAUAAUGUCGUUAUUGUCAAGGUCCUAUGUUAAAAAAAUAGACUCACACAUAUCGCCUGUUUUAAGAAGCUGCUGGUUUUAGUUCCGGAGCAAACUGGAAUCCUCAUCACACAGCACAGGUAUGAUAACAAUUGUUAAUAUCACUGAAGAUCCCUUGUUUAUGUGGUGGUACCAACUUGUAAUUCAUUGGUAGGAAUAUUUUGAGUUCUAGAGACAGCUGACAGGACAGCACAGUAGUUCACAUUUUUAGAGUAAAUUGUUUCAUGUGAACUUUAUUUCCUACUACUUAAAUGAAAUUGGGAGCCAACCAAGAGCAAUUUAAAAAGUAUACAUUUUGGUGGCGGCGCAGCGAUCAGGUGGUUUGCAUAUCCGCCUCACAGUUCAGAGAUUUUGGGUUCAAAUCCAGGCUCCGGCCUUCCUGUGUGGAGUUCACAUGUUUUCCCUGUGCCUGCGUGGGUUUUCUCCAGGUACUCCGGUUUCCUCCCACAUUCCCAAAAAUGUGGAUGGUAGGUUAAUUGAAGGACUCUAAAAUUGCUCGUAGCUGUGAAUGUGAGUGCAAAUGGUUGUUUGUUGAUAUGUGCCCUGUGAUUGGCUGGCGACCAGUUCAGGGUGUACCCCGCCUCCUGCCCGAUGAUAGCUGGGAUAGGCUCCAGCAUGCCCGCGACCCUAGUGAGGAAAAGCAGUUAAGAGAAUGAAUGGAUGGAUAUUUUAAUUUUUAGUUUUAUUUUCUGGGAGCAAUGUAUUGCCCUUAAGAUACCACUGGUGCAGGUGCAACAUUGUGGCUUGAGGCCACAAAAUCAAGAGUCAACCACAGCUGUGAGUUGCAUUCAACCCCUUAAAGGGGAACAGAAAAGGUGGCGACUGAAGUCGCUGUAAGGACAUUCCUUCCAUAUCAUGUGUUGUUGUCAGAGUAGCAGAGCAUCCAGUGAAGGGCAGCCAAAAAAGAAUAUGGGGGAUGGGAGUUGAGCGCUCUGAUCAGCUGGCACGGCAACACUGAUUUCUUUGUCACUCCAGCAAGGAAGGAGACUGGCAUGAUGACAGAUAAGUGCACAAAUUACUAUAUUUUUAAUGUACUAAAAAUCCCAUUUGGCAAGGAAGUAGCACAUAGGUUAGCAUUUUUUGUUGGUGUUGUCAUUUACCCAAAUAUUGUCCUACUCUCAUGUGGCUCUAUGAGAGCCAGAGAGAGAUCCGGCUGGCUUUUUGUGGGCCAAACAUUUGCAGCCAAAGGCAUGCAGCCUGUAUGCCUUUGCCUAAGAGCCAGAAAAGGGAAAAGACAAGGAGGUCAGGGUAGGAGGAGGAGGUGAAAAUUAUAAACAAAUAGCUGAAGCCUUUUUUUCUAUUUUGCGUUGUUGUGUUUGUCCAUCAUGCCACUGUCUAGUGUUUUGUUUAGAUGUUUUGUUUUUCCCCUUUUAACUUUUUUUUUUUUUAUCUGCUGUUUUCAGCGAGUGGCACUCAGUCUGGAGGACGAUGGCUAUCCCUGAAGGAGGGAUGAAGCCUCUCCCUUCAUUCCCACCUUGGCCCCUCCCCCCUCCUCAUCCCAACCUCCUCAAUAAGGUCGACACUCCUCCUUUUGCCUCCCUUGAAGGAGCAGAGGUGAUUCAUACAAUCAAUAUUCCCCAACUUUCUCUGAUAGUGCUCUCAUUGUAGUAACAAUACUACCACCAGUAGCUGCUACUACAUUUAAUUCUAUCGCAUAGGAGCCUAUGCUCUUCCCAUUUCUUCUUGCUCUCUCUCUCUCUCUCGGCCUCCUGGUAGUCCUAGUGAACACUUACAUGCUGCUCUGUGAUAUUUGUCAAACUAACCUUAUUGAGUAGUAUUCAGUGCCAGAGCAGCAAGCAUAAUUCUUAAUUUAUCAUAUUCGUGUUUACUCUAUGUAAAUAUGUUACCGCUAUCUAUCAUUGCACAGCUGAAGACAGAUUUCAACUCAGUUCAAUUGAUAUACAGUAGUUGGCAAAGACUAUUAUGCCCCUUAGGUGUUAUUUGAAAAGGCGGACAUUUUUUAUUUAUUUUGUAUUAUUUUUCACUCUUCAGCCCUCCAUGUCUGCCCCUUCGCGUACAGUACUGAGGUAGCAAAGCGUAACAUCAUAAUGAAGAAAUCAGUCUCUGAACCCGAGGAUGUGUGUGUGUGUGUGUUGGGGGGACUUGAGUUAGGGUGUGGAAUCAUUUAGAGGUGAUUUGAGGGUGAAAGAGUAAGAAAUUAGCUUUUUAUGUGAAUAUGAGGAUUUGUGCCACCGGAAAGUUGAGCUUCAAGGCAAAAAGCAGCAAGGCAGAAAAGAGCAUUAUGAGUAAUCCUCUGUGUUGGCAUCAGAGUUACGCACAAUGAACAAUGAACUAGGGGCUGUUUGUUUAUUCUCAGUCAGGGUGUUGUAGACUUUUUGUUUCCUUGUCUUUGCUGCUCCUAUUAUAGAUGAUGGUUAGCGCCUGAAGGCAGAUAAGAUCAUGAUCCAAUUUUAAAUAAAUAAUGUGAAAUUCUCACAUCAUGGGGUCACAGAUUCAGAUAUGAUAGAAUGAAUGAAUACAUGAAGACAAUUAUAUUACAGUGAAAGCUGGAUUAAGUUAUUGUACUUUAUAGAGCCCAAAACAUCCAUCCAUCUCAGUAGCUGUGUACAUGUCCAUGUUCCCCCUUGAAGAGGCAAAGAUGAUAUGGAAUGAAUUUAAUAACUUAACAAGAUCUGUGGGCUUUAUUAUUAAUCAUUAUUAAUCACUAGAACCACGAGGAAAAUUGUGAUGAUGAUGAAAAAUCCAUUCUAUAUAGAGAGAGAGAGAAUAUAUAUAUAUAUAUAUAGAGAGAGAGAGAGAGAGAGCCUGUAUUUAACGGACCAAUAGGGGGCAGGGAUCGUCCGUUAAAGCUGUUAGUCCGUUCAUUUUUUUUGUGGCCUGAAAACACCCAGUACAGAACAAAAUUAUUGUAAAUAAAUGUUAAAAAAGCUUGAAAAUGUUUGAACGUUUAUCCUAACUUACCUUUAAAUAUGGCUGCGAUUAUGUAAUUCUACCGGGAAAAUUGCGUGAUUGCUGGUGCUUGGGAGGUGUGGUAAUAGCAUGCAGCUGGUGGGUGAAACUUGUGGUGAUGGCGAGUCGAGGGUCGCUUUCAUGAGCCACGAGGUUAGUGCGCUUCCUUUUCCGACCUCCGUUACGAUUGGAUGCAAGGGGUGUCAAACUUGAAUUGGGACAAAAUAAAAAAUUGGGACAAAGUCGGGGGCGAAACUCAAUAUUUAUUAAAAAUUUAAUGGAAUUGUGCAUGUUUUGCCUUCCUUCCAGAUAUGUAAUAUCUAAUCUUAUCAUUUGAAAACCAACUUAAACUUCAACUAUAAAUCUGGAAUAAGCAAACUUGAAUAUUAUAAACACAGACGAAAUCAAAUUUGCCAAGACACAUCAGGGAUAUGUAAAUAGGUCAAAUAAAAUUCUAUUGUCUUCUCUAUCUGUAGUGGAGUUUAUUUUUAAUGGAAAUCUUUUUUCAAAGGCCAACAAACGGAACAAAAAAUGAAUCAAUGAAAAUUCAACCUUAAAACUAUUAAACAUCCCUACUUUGGAGUAGAAAAAGUGCAUGAAGAAACAUUCAUUCAAGCUAUGUUAUAUACCAGGGGUGUCAAAGUCAUUUUUGCUGCGGGCCACAUCGUAGUUAUGGUUUCCCUCGGAGGGUCGUCAUGAGCGCGAACGCAUAUACAGUAAAUGUACAAUUGCCUCAUGUUAUUACAUAUACACAAAAAAAUCGAUGAAUAUAUUUGAAACCAGAAGCCAGUACAAAGUUGUUAAUGCAGUUUAUUUUGAAAUGGGGAUUGGUAACAAAAAUGUUUGCAAUCAACAUUCUAUAAAAGGGAAGACGAUUUGCAAUGUUGUCAUUUUGGCAAGAAACAUGAAGUCGACGCACUUGAUUUGCUUUCGCGGGCCGCAUAAAUUGAUGUGGCGGGCCGGAUGAGUUUGACACCUGUGUUAUAUACUUCCGUUACAGCAACAUUGACUCCGCACACAAGACAAAUAGAUCUGUUAUUUAUUUUUGUGAACAGAUAAUCUGUCUUGAAAGCUCCUUUUUUCCAUCUUUCGUUUGGCCAUUUUUGGGAAGGGAGAUGUAAAUUUGCCCGAGGAGACUGACUGCAACAGAAAAGGAUUUGUAGUAUUAGUGGUGCAUGCGCUAUAUAUAGGUAGGCCAGCUCUAAUACACAUUUGAUAUGCUAUCGGGCCAAAUCCAAAUUACAUCUGUCCCGUAUGCCUGAGUUUGACAUAUAGGCCAUAGAAAGGGGCUGUACUAAAAACAACUGUUUACCAUACCAAAAUCAGUAUAGCAUGUUCGAGAGAUGUGUACACGACAAGCACUUGAAUCAACAACAGCCAUAGAUAUGAAAAGGUAGAGAUGACACGCCCCUUUUGAGCUGGGUGCCUACGGCAACGCUAAACUAAUGUCCAGUAAACAACAGCGGCCAAUUCUGGAAAUAACAUCAUCUAUAUGCCACAAAGGGGAAUUUUCAGUUCCAACUGGACACUAGUUUUUGUCCGUUAAAUCCAAAGUCCAUACUAUCUGGGUCCGUUAAAUCGAGGUUCCAUUGUCUUGAGAGGACAUUUACGAUUUUGAGUCAUUGAAAUGAGCGAUCUAUAGUGUUAAUGUAUCAAUGCAACUUACUUAACGGCAAUGUUUUAUUUGAUCGAUAGAUUCUUUAUUCAUCUUGUGAAUAAGAAUAUUAGAGGAGUACAAGUCAAUUUCAAAUACAUAUGAGAAAGGGAAGGCAUAGUCAAUUGAAGUACAACCUGCUUCUGGUUUCAUAGCCUGAUAUUUACUCCCAGAGAGUAUUUCUUUCAAUUAGCUGCCGUAGUAACAGAAAUCUUACUGAUUGCCUGUUUAGUUUACUGUGUAGUAGGAAAAGAUGAUUACGCUCUCACAGACAGAGAGGGGCAAUGAUUUGAUUUAAACUAGACAGAAGGGAAAAGGGAUGAACAAGUGGAAAGAACAUCUCUUCCUUUUGCUUGCUGCAGCAAUGUUUCAAACUCACUGAAUCAGAUGAAAUGCCCAGGGAAUAUUUCUGUAAUUGCCCGGAUGACUUUCUAAUGGUCAUUCAAUUUAAACUGCUUAUGCAAGUAAACAUGAGAGCUGUUGGUAUGCCUAAUUAACUCUUCUAUCUGGAUGUCUACGAGAUUUGACACUUUAAAGGAUAUGUAUUGUGUAAUUUAUUUAUACUGAAUCAUGCAUUCAACAACACCUAUUGCUGAAUUUUAACUCUGAACAAUAUUGCUAUUGUUAGAUAUUCUGUUGUAUGCCACAAAUAUGUCAUUUACGUGCCACGCCUCUUCUGGAAACAAAGUAGGCCUCGAAGUCACUUAGGCUCAACACGUGUACACCAUAACAUGACUUGCACAAUAUAGUAAUAUCCAAUCGAGGAGCUUUAUCAAAAUGUCUGCUAUAUUGUUCACUUUUGACAGCUGUGUCUAAUUUUUGGUUACCUCAGUUACAUGAACAGCAUUGCAAUACAGUUCUAACUGCAAACUACACCCACACUAAUGAACAUAGUGUAAGACAUUAAUUGGUGCAGCUCUUGUAUUGGAUAUCAUUAUAUUGUGCAAGUGGUCAUAAUGUUGAGGCUGGUCGACGCAAACUAUUCAAUCAUAGUAGUUGUUACUUUUUUCUUGGUUAGUUAACCGCUUGGGGGGGAAGGAGUCAAAUUACUUAAAACCGUUUAAGACGGUGGAGUCGGAUUCAGACUGAACUAUAGUAACAGUAUAUGCACACUGUUGUGUAUUUGUCAGAUGAAUUUGGUUUUAAUUUAAUCACUGCGAGAAAGAUGGUAUGAUCGUUUACACACAUUAGUUAUCAGUGUCUGACUGAAAUAACUGAGAGGAAGGAAUUCUACUCUCACAUUCUGUUAUGUUAUUUGUUAAAAAUUGUAAUUCAAUGGAUCUGAAAGCUGCUUCUGUUGAUGAAACUGGUCUUGGUCCAAAAAUGACCAGUUGCUUGUCCUUCCAGUCUUUGCACUAAAAAGUAGUCUCGAAACAGGCUCUUCCAAAUCUCUCCAGAAGUAGAAAUUAUCACUGCUUACCCAGGUUGUACAGAACGCUUUCUAACAUGUAAAUUAUUAUUUUUUUUGUCUCCACAUCUUCACUGCAUGCAUGCCAUAGCACUAAAAAGUAACACCAGCUACAAGGCUUUAACAUAUUUUUAGUUUCAGUGUUUGUGAUGCUCCAGUUACAUAGUUUCCCCCAAUCUCUUUUGCCAUCCCAUCUUCAUCCUAGCAUCAACAUCUUUUCUUUGCAAGGGCUAUCACUACCCUCAAGGUAGUUGCACACUAGUAAUAAUAAUAAUAAUAAUAAUAAACACUGCUGUGUUCCUUUUCAUUUAAACACAAAAUGACUGGUUUCAAACUGUCAAUGAUGUCAUUGUCCUUCUUUGAACUUUUUUCAGCUGAUCUUAAAAGUAAGCCGAUGGGUUGAAGUUGCCGCACAGAAAUAAGUACAAUUCUAAGGGGUACUGCAAUGAAAAAUUACAACUCCGUAAUAGAUUUCAACAUUAUUGGGGGAAUUGAUUGGGUGGAUAUAAUUGCUAAUACCCUUAUUUAGUCAUCUGGCUCUUCCAGCUGUUUUGAAAUUUUUUUUUAUUUCAUUGUCUACAGAAAAGAAAAAAAAAAGGGGUGGGCCUCCUUCCAUUCCACAGCCACAUAUACAGUAUGGUAGACAUUUUUUAUGCUGUUUGUUGCACAAAAACUUUUCAAGAAGCCUUCUGCACUGUGUAAAAAGAUAAUGCUCUUAGGAGGGGAGGGGGGAAAGGUGAGGCAGUCCAGAAGUACAGUCCAAUGGUUUUGAAUUGUGACUUGUAAAUACUUUUUCAUACAACUUUUUGAUAGUGUUUUAAAUGUAUCUGUAAAAUGUACCUUAAAAAAAUGUACAUAAACCUCUGAAGGGGGGAAAACGAGUGUAGUAUAUAUAAAUUUAUUUGUACACAAGAACACUGGAUUUCUUUACUACUUGAUUGUAACUCAAAUUAAUAAUCUGCCAAAGUGUUUUUAUUUGAUUUUUUUCCUGUUGUCUGUUCCAUUUGUCUGCUUUUUAACAGGACUGCAGAGUUUUAAUUUCAUACUGUAUUUAAUUCUGUUAAAUAGAUUUUGUUGUUGUGUGGGUGUAUUUUUGAAAGGGGUUAUCCUUUUUAAUUUAUUGGUGCCUUGUUUUGUGCUCCUGUAUACUUUUAUCCUCUGUCUUUCUGUGUUCAGUGUCUGUAAGAGGACAGACGGGAUUAACUGGUGGGAUGGUGGGGGGUGGGGGGGGCUGUGGAAGUUAAACCUUAGCAACUUCUGUACUUACAUUGAGUAUCUGUACUGUAUGCCAAAAUGGUCUAACUCACGUUUCUAUGAAAUCAAGCUGUUCAUAAAUAUCUCUAUAUAUUGAUAUAUUAAAUUUGUAAAAACUG